AGCCCACAUUAAGUCGAACAGAAGGAGGGCUCUGCGUUCCCAUAGUGUUUCCUCUCUAACAGAGAAACAGAGCACAACAAUGGCGGUAAUCACACAGUAACCAAGGACAUUGACGACGAAAGAGGCUGACAUACAGCUUAUGUUGGUGAAGUCCACCUCGGCACCAGUAACUGUGACUUCCAAAUGGAACGUUACGUCUCCAAGCGUCGCAACGACGGGAAUAAAAGUAGGAAGUUGAAGAAAAGUCUGGAGAAAAUGUAUGAUACUGAGGAUAGACAUGAAGAUGUUGAUCUUUCUUCACCUAUAGAAAUAGAAGAAAAAAAAAACACAGACAGAGGUAAUAUCAAAAAGACAAAAAGUGUAAAAUUAGGACGCAACUCUGAAGAUCCUACACACACACAUGAGAAGAAUGGAAAGAGAGUGAGAUUUUCUGGUCAGGUUCAGAUUUUCCCUUCAUUGAAUCAUCCAAGUGAUGAGAAGCAUGAGAUCGAGGAAGAAAAUUUACUGCAGGGCAAGCGAUUCUCAAAGCUUGAAGAUGAAAUUGUCAAAGAGGCUGUUCAUAAAUACAUAGAGCUACAUAACUUAGGCGAACAAGGGCUGAAAAAGGUGUUAAAUGCUAGAUCUUAUCCUGAAAUUAAGGGUUGCUGGAAAGAAAUAGGGAGGUCUAUACCAUAUAGACCUACUAUUGCAGUAUAUUCUCGUGCGCAGAUCUUAUUUCGAAGGAGUGAAUCACGUAAAUGGACUGAAGAAGAGUGUGAGAUUUUACUAAAGCUCCAAAAAGAGCAUGGGAAUAAUUGGAAACGCAUAGCUGAUGAACUUGGAAAACAUCGGCGGCAUGUGAAGGAUACAUGGCGAAGGCUAAAACAAUCCAAUCAGAAUAAAGGACAAUGGACUCAGGAGGAGUACCAGAAUUUGUUUGAUUUAGUGAACACUGAUCUGAGACUGAAGCUUUCUGAAGAGAAGAAAUCUAAACAUGGGAUGCUACGAGAUAAUAUUGCAUGGAAUGCAAUAAGUGAAAACUUGUCCACAAGAAAUCCUACAAAUUGCUGCUUGAAAUGGUAUAAUCAAUUAACAUCAUCCAUGGUGGACAAAGGUGAAUGGGCGGAUGUCGAUGACUAUCGCCUAAUUGAUGCACUUUUUGAGCUGGACGCAAGCUGCAUUGAAGAUGUGGAUUGGGACAACCUUCUUGACCACAGGCAUGGAGAGAUAUGUCGAAAGAGAUGGAACCAAAUGAUUCUUCACAUAGGUCAACUUGGAAACAAGUCAUUUGUUGAUCAAGUAGAAGUUCUAGCCAAGAGAUACCGUCCUGAUUUGGUCGAAGUAAGAGAGGCUUGGGACAAUAAACCAAUCGUUCCAUGAUAUGCCAAUCAUGCAGCAGUGAUGUGUCUGAAGAGAGUUAUUUAGCAGUAGCACAUACUAUACAACAUUUAGUAGACAUGUGUAUAUAUAUACAUACUAGAUAGGUAUGACCCCCAACAUUUACAUUUUGAAUUGAAUAGUUUUUUGGCGUGAAAAUUUGCACCAGGUUAUCAUUUUCAAAAUAUUAUAAAAGGUUUUGAAUUGGGUAUCAUAGGCCCUAACAUAACAAGUUAACUCUCCUAAGCUG